UGUGCGCCUCUGGAUCGAGUGUGGAGCAGUGGGAUUGUGAAGAGCUGCGCGUGCGGUCGGUCGGUCGCUUCAGCUUUUGAAGGGUCUGACGUGAUGAAAAUGUUGAAUUAAAACCACGACCCGCUCUCCUAAUUAUGUGACAGUCGGCUGCUUCCAGUGUACAACGCGCCAGGACCGUUUUGGAAAAUUUCAUCGGAGUCAUUUUCAAGCCUCGCAGAGCACACUAGGAAGCCCAGCUGCUUAAGAGGCUCAGGGUUUGUGCAUCCCGCCACCUGCACAGUGCAUGACCGACUCCUCCAUAGAUUCAAAUGGCUAGCUAUCUGAAGGACGAGCUCUUGUGUUCUAUUUGUCUGAGCAUUUAUCAAGACCCUGUGAGUUUCGGUUGCGAGCACUACUUUUGCCGUAAGUGCAUCACUGAACACUGGAGCAGACAGGAGCAUCACGGGACACGAGACUGCCCAGAGUGCAGGAGGACCUUCACGGAUCCCCUUCUAUCGCCGAGCCUCAAGCUCUCCAACAUCGUGGAGAGGUACACCGCUUUCCCCCUGGACGCCAUCCUCAAUGCUCAGAGGAACUCGUAUCCGUGCAAAGACCAUGAAAAGGUCAAGCUCUUCUGCUUAAGUGACAAGAGCCUGGUGUGCUUCUUCUGUGAUGAGCCUGCAUUACACGAACAGCAUCAAGUCACCACGGUUGACGAGGCCUAUGAGGAGAUACAGAGGGAGAUGAAGGAGCAGCUGGCGACUCUUCAGGACAGUGAGAAGGGUCAUACGGAGGCUUUACAACUACUGCAGAGGCAGCUUACUGAAACCAAGUCAUCAGCAAAGAGUCUUCGUGCCACGAUUGGCGAGGCAUUUGAGCGACUUCAGCGUUUUCUCCGGGAGCGGCAGAAGAGCAUGCUAGAGGAACUGGAGGCGGAUACGGCGCGAACACUCACUGACAUUGAACACAAGAUCCAGCGCUACAGCCAGCAGCUCCGCGACGUUAAAGAGGGCAUCCAGAUCCUGCAGGAGCGACUCAGUGAAACUAGCCGUCACGAAUUCCUGGAGGGAAUCGCCCUGACGUCGGACAGGGAGCAAGUGAUUCGUGGAGGGUAUUGCUGGUGGAAGCUACCAAGAAUAAAGGGAAAAAUCCACGAAACCAACCUCACCUAUGAAGACUUCCCCACAUCCAAGUACAUGGGGCCCUUACAGUAUACGAUCUGGAAGUCUCUUUUCUUGGAUAUUUCACCAGUGCCUGCUGCAUUAACCAUGGACCCCAGCACUGCUCACCAGCGGCUCAUCUUAUCAGACGACUGCACCAUCGUGGCGUAUGGCAACCUGCACCCGCAGCCCUUGCAGGAUUCACCGCGCCGAUUCGACGUAGAGGUGUCCGUUCUGGGCGAUGAAGGCUUCUCCGGAGGUGUCCACUACUGGGAGGUAAUGGUGUCCGAAAAAACCCAGUGGAUGAUUGGUGUGGCCAACGAAACGGUCAACCGCAAGGGCAGCAUUCAAAUCCAGCCCGGCCGAGGCUUCUACUGCAUCGUGAUGCAUGACGGUAAUCAAUACAGCGCAUGCACAGAGCCCUGGACGCGCCUCAACGUCAAGAGCAAACUGGAAAAAGUGGGCGUCUACUUAGACUAUCCUAAAGGCUUGCUGGUUUUCUACAACGCUGACGACAUGUCCUGGCUGUACACGUACAGAGAGAAGUUUCCAGCCAAACUCUUCCCAUACUUCAGCCCCGGUCAAAGUCACGCCAACGGCAAAAACGUGCAGCCCUUGCGAAUAAACACAGUGCGUUUAUAAAAGCCGAUUCAGCACAGAGGUUUUAAGGAAGGAAACUGCAAAAAAAAAAA